AGAUGUCUGUGAUUCAACUACUGGUGCACUUGAAGAAUGGAUGAUGAUGAUUUUGGUGGUUUUGAGGCUGCAGAGAUUUUUGAUGGUGGAAGUGGUGAAACCCAAACUACAUCUCCUGCUAUUCCUUGGGCUGCUUUUCCUACAGUAUCUGGAGUCCAUCUUUCUCCAGCGUCUCCUGCGAUUAUACUCGACCAUGACCACUCUUCUUCCGUUGGCUGCCUCUCGACUGAGCCCAUCAUUUCAUCACCAGAGAUUACACAUGCAGACAACAGCAUUGUCAGUCAAACUGUCUCAAAAACACAGAUUCAGCAAUCAACACACACUGAUCUGGAUAUCUCACUUUUUCCAUUGGGUUUAACUGAUGAGAAAAGUAAUGGAACAAUUGCUCUUGUGGAAGAUUCUGAGGAUCCUGUAGCCAAUGUAUCAAACAUACAGCUUCAGCAGAAAAUUUCAAGUUUAGAGAUUAAACUCAAAGCUUCUGAGGAAGAAAAACAGAGAAUUAAAAAGGAUGUGGAAUCAUUGAUAGAAAAACAUAGUGUCUUGGAAAAAGAUUUCCUUAAAGAAAAAGAGCAAGAGGCCAUUUCUUUUCAAGAUAGAUACAAAGAACUUCAGGAGAAACAUAAGCAAGAAUUAGAAGACAUGAGGAAAGCUGGUCACGAAGCCCUCAGCAUUAUUGUGGAUGAAUAUAAGGCACUACUACAGUCUUCAGUUCAGCAACAAGUAGAAGCUAUUGAAAAACAGUACAUUUCUGCAAUUGAGAAACAAGCACACAAGUGUGAGGAGUUGUUAAAUACUCAGCAUCAGAGGCUCCUUGAAAUGCUAGAUACAGAGAAGGACCUAUUCAAAGAAAAAAUAAAGGAAGCUUUGAUUCAGCAAUCUCAAGAACAGAAGGAAAUAUUGGAAAAAUGUUUAGAGGAAGAAAGGCAAAGAAAUAAAGAUGCACUAGUAUCUGCUGCAAAGCUUGAGAAAGAAGCAAUGAAGGAUGCAGUUUUAAAAGCCAUAGAAGAAGAAAGAAAAAAUUUGGAAAAAGUCCAUGCUGAGGAAAGGGAAUUAUGGAAGACUGAGCAUGCAAAAGAUCAAGAAGAAGUAUCUCAGGCCAUUCAAAAAGCUAUACAAGAGCAAAGAAAAAUUAGUCAGGAAACUGUUAAGGCAGCAAUCAUAGAGGAGCAAAAGCGAAGUGAAAAGGCUGUGGAAGAGGCAGUGAAACGAACAAGAGAUGAAUUGAUAGAGUACGUAAAAGAACAGAAAAGGCUUGAUCAAGUCAUCCGCCAAAGAAGCCUGUCCAGUUUGGAACUGUUCCUCUCCUGUGCUCAGAAACAGUUAAGUGCUUUGAUAGCUACAGAACCAGUCGACAUUGAAUAAAGAGAACCCGACAGGCUACCCCACACUGGCAAUGGAUAAAUCAUUAGACCUCUAAAAUACACGCUGCGAAUUGUAAAGAGGCUUUUGUUUUCUUUCAAACCUUGGAUAAUCGAUUUCCACUUCAAGGAUAAAACAAGACAAUAUUUAAAACGAGUCUAAUUUAUUUAUUUUUUUUUCUCCUUUAUGUGCGCUAUUAUUUUAGUAGGAGGAGCAGCAGCAGCAGAAAGUAUGGUGACUCAAAAGACACUAAAAGUUGUCACAUUACAGAAGUUAAUUAGGUAAACUUUAUAGCUUCUGGUGGCCUGUUAUAUUGUAUUUGGCAGAGGUACUAAAUAUCUUUACCUGUUGCUUGAUGAUGACUCUUGAUGAGAUUCUAGAAUGUCACCGUGCAUUUAUUUGACUUUGAGGAUAAAAACGGCAUGGAUUUCAUCAUCUCCUUCUCAUAUUACCACACUUCCUUUUUAUAUUGGGAUCUGUUUUCAUUGGUAACAAUUGAAAACACUAAAAAUUAUUAAUUCAACUUUGAUCUGAUGUACCACUUAAAGGAGUAUGUGUGGGAUAUAUGCUUAUUUCCUAUUUCUACAGAGUCACAAUGAAUAAAGUCCAUUUUCAAAUGAAACCUACCAUGAACUUAAUCUCUAGAAAGGGAAUGUAACUUAACCAUUUCUUUGAAGUCAGGUUCACAUAAGAGAUGCAAAAUUCUUUCCCAGAAUUUCAGAGUGUACUCAGUUCAUGAGCAGUGUGCUUCAGGCAAAACCGGGAGGGUGUACCCAGUUCAUGAGCAGUGUGCUUCAGUGCAAAAUCAGGAGGAUGUACUCAGUUCAUGAGCAGUGUGCUUCAGUGCAAAACCGGGAGGAUGUACUCAGUUCAUGAGCAGUGUGCUUCAGUGCAAAAGCGGGAGGAUGUACUCAGUUCAUGAGCAGUGUGCUUCAGUGCAAAACCGGGAGGAUGUACCCAGUUCAUGAGCAGUGUGCUUCAGUGCAAAAGCGGGAGGAUGUACUCAGUUCAUGAGCAGUGUGCUUCAGUGCAAAACUGGGAGGAUGUACUCAGUUCAUGAGCAGUGUGCUUCAGUGCAAAACUGGGAGGAUGUACUCAGUUCAUGAGCAGUGUGUUUCAGUGCAAAAGCGGGAGGAUGUACUCAGUUCAUGAGCAGUGUGCUUCAGUGCAAAACCAGGAGGGUUUUUUUUAACAUCAAAAGUGAAUGUUGUCAUUAAAAUUAUGCAAACAUUUUGUCUUGUUUUUGAAAUGCGUCUA